AUGGCAGACUUUCUGCACUGCAAUGCGUGUCUCCGGAUGCCAUCGCGAGACACAACUGUCAUCCAGUUCUAUGUGACCGGUUGUCAUAAUGUGUUUUGUGUGUCCAAAUGCACGCAAAACUGUGCCAAAUGUGCACCAAAUGGGUGUCAAGUGAUUCCACUGAACAACGACGCCCACGAAGACAUCAAGAUGUGCUUCAAAGACGUGACCAAAACAAGCAAAGUGUUGGACAGAGUGAAGGACUUCCAGAAGAGACAGUGGAUCCGAUUGAACGCCGCGUUGACCGCUGAGAACAACCGCCUCCGCAGUGAAUGCAUUGAUCACAAGAAUACGAUCGAAAGGCUUAACCAAAAGGUGAUGUCUUUGGAGACCCAGUUGGCCACCCGUUCACCCCUUCCCAAGAGUGGCUUCAACUGCCAUCCAUUCCUCAAUACCUCUCCGGCCAACGAAAGCUUAUUUAAACACGUCUUUGAAUCGAUGCCGAAGAACGAGACCAUGAGUUUAGAGCAAAAGGAGACCAAUUUGGGGCUCAAUUUGGGGAUAAUGGCGGCCAACAGAUCCCAAGCCACUCACCACCAGUCACAGCAACCGGUGCUUAACAGCGGAUCCAAUGCCUUAUUUGCUGAACCCAUGAGUCCCACGCAGUCCUCGCAGUCCUCGCAGUCCUCGACGAAGGCUUCGCGAAGUCAUCACAAGAACAGGAAGUCCCACAUGGGAUCCAAUAGGGAGUCGACGGCCACACCGGUGAUGGCGCCGCCGAAUGCAAUGCCACCGCCUUCUCGGGUGCCUAAGAGGACGCCCACCCGAUCAGCAGCUGACCCGGCAUUUCGGGCACAACUCAAUGAUAUGAUAGGAGCGACCGCUAAGGAUAAGCACCAAAAGCCCUCCCAUUCCCGGCGCCAAAACCCCACUCGAAGUCAGCCACAGAUUGCCAGUUAUGCAGGCUUUCGGCGCUAUCAGUGA